AUGGCUCCCGAAGAUAUGACACCCACCUCUUCCGGCAUCACAUCCGCCGCCGGGAAACAGGAUCGACCCAAGAGAAAGACACCCACCCCCACCUCUUCUGCCGCCGCUAACUCCGAAAAGGGGAAGAAAAAGAAGGAGUCAAAACCAUACAAGAAAAAGGCUAAACGAGUGAAGAAAUUGCUGGAGAAAGCAAUUCCUGGAGUCUACGUAGUGUUCAACCCCGAAACCCCUAGGAAGGGUUUCUUCGAAAUUCGCAAUGAAGGCGGAGAGGCUCUUUUCACCCUGAUGGAUAUGAAUCGUGUACUCAACGCACUCGAUGCCGACAUCCUCGUCUCCGACAUUGUCGAUUAUAUCAAACGAUUCGGUUGUAUUAAUUGCCAACAACACCCAAUCUCGCCAACCCUUCGUAAACACAGCAGCCGUCAAACCCUAAAAGCCAACACCGCCGACCACCGCAGCCCCAACACCACCGACCACCACAGCCCCCAACAUCGCCGACCACCGCAACCCGCAACACUGCCGACCACCACAUCCCCCAACACCACCGACCACCACAGCCCCCCAACAUCGCCGACCACCGAAGCCCCCAACACCGCCGACCACCACAACCCCCCAACACCGCCGACCACCACAGCCCCAACACUGCCGACCACCGCAGCCCCCAACACCGCCGACCACCGCCGACCACCGCAGCCCCUGGCCGUCGCCUCGACCACCACAACGCCUUGCCGAAAGAUAAAGAGGCGAGAGGGAGAGGGAGAAGAAGAGGCGAGAGGGUGCAGCGCAAUAAGCGUGUGGACUAGUACCGCUGUACCAGCUUAA